AUGUCAGAUGCGACGUUAAGUAACGUGUAUUGGGGCCAUAGUGUGGGUGUAUUAGUCCUCUCUGCGUCUGGUUUAUUAUGGAGAAGUCGUGCAACGGAAGGUCAAAAGAAGUUAUUAAAAGACGAUAUUGUGACGCUCUUGUGGACACCUGUCGGACCGAAGAUGCAUCAUUUGAAAGUCUAUCAAAAGGGUGGAAAGUAUGUGCGUUUUACAGGACUAAAGGAACAAGAUGUGGCACAAUUAAAGAAACACGUGGAGAAAUAUUUUGAUCGUGAGCUGGAACAAGAAAAAGUGGCCACCGAUGGCGGCAAUUGGGGUGAUAUGAAGUUUGAAGGACCGAAUUUGAAUUUUCGUGCAACGAAUGCCAGUGUCAUGGAACUUCCUCUCGAACAAAUAUCACAAUGUGCACUUCCUGGUAAACAUGAAGUGGAAUUGCAAUUUCAUGAGGAUGAUACAGUGGCUGGAGAUGAAGAGACACUUGUGGAAAUGCGACUCUACUUACCUCCAGGUGAUGGAGAAGAUGAUGGAGUUGUAACAGCAGAGGAAUUUCGACUACAAGUACUUAAGGAAGCAAAUAUUCGUAGUGUCAUGGGAAAGAGUAUUGUGGAUCUAGACGAAACCAUUGGUACGUUUCUCACACCACGUGGACGCUAUGGUGUCGAGAUUUACGGUUCUUUUCUACGCAUGCACGGCAAGACGUUUGAUUACAAGAUCAUGUACUCAAACAUUAAUCGCUGUUUUCUACUCGAGCUUCCUAAUGGUAUUAAUACGGCUUUUGUUAUAAGUCUUGAGGAGCCGAUUCGACAGGGUAAACAGGGAUAUCCGCAUCUUGUACUGCAGCUGAGCAAGAAUGAUGUCCACAUUGAUGUCAAUUUAUCGAGCGAUGAGAUCAAGAAAUACAAUGGUAACAUUCACGAGCGAAUGUCUGGUGCACUGCCUCAGAUUGUUGCCACGUUAUUCAAGUUCAUUAUAGGCAAGAAGGUCUACACGUCGGGUAAGUUCAAGACGCACAGUGGCGACCGUGCUGUCAAGUGUGCCGUCAAGGCGCAGAGUGGCGUGUUGUUUCCGCUGGAAAAGUCGUUUAUGUUCAUCCACAAGCCUACAACCUUUAUCCGCUACGAGGAGAUUGAUUACAUUGAGUUCCAGCGCUACGCUGGACAAAGCGGAUCCUCAGCGAGUCGAAACUUUGAUCUGCUUGUGAGCUGCAAGUCUGUGGGUGGAGAAGCUGCGCGUGAGUAUAUUUUUUCGGCUAUCGAUCGUCGUGAGUUUCCAGAGCUGAGUCAGUUCCUGACAUCGAAAAAGUUGCGUAUCCGCAAUCUCAAGGAGUCGCACGGUGCCAGCGUACCAGUCGGCUCGAAAAAGCGUGACAUUAACGAGUAUUUAGAGGAGCUAGGUCCAGAGGAGGGUGAGAUUGAAGACGACGAGGAUGAGGAGGAUUCGGACUUUGGUCCAGGUGAUGCCUCUGGUAGUGGUGAGUCAAGUGACUUUAGCGACGAGGAGCUCAGUGGGAAGGAUUCGGACGGAGACAAUGGUGCGGUGGAGAAUGAGUCAUUGAAGAAGGACAAGAAGAAGAAAAAGAAGUUGCAUAAGAAGCACAAGUUGACAGAGGAAGAGUAG